UCCUCAGACCUGUGAACACUGACUUCUGCAGUCUGUGGAGCAGCGAGCAGCUCAGCAGCCUCACACUGACCCGCUCAUCCACCGCGCUGCACCCCAGAACCUCUGAACCACAGCAGCUCUUCAUCACCUUCAUCCUCCUCACACUCUCAGGAUCAAACUUCAAACAUGGACCCAACUCACAUCUCUGCUGAGGACAUACAAGACCUGAGAGACGCCUUCAUGAAGAUAGACAUAAACAACGAUGGCUUCAUCAGCAAAGAUGAACUUAACGAACUCUUCAGAGCGGCUAAUCUCCCUCUGCCUGGAUACAAGGUCAGAGAGAUCGUCCAGGACCUGACCUGCAGCAGCCACACGCUGACCUUUGACCAGUUCACCCAGAUCGUUCACGGGUUAAAAAGCACUGAAGUUGCUAAAACGUUCAGAAAAGCCAUAAACAAGAAAGAAGGAAUCUGUAACGUGGCAGGAAGAUCAGAACAAACUGGAACACAACAUUCAUACUCAGAGGAGGAGAAAGUGGCGUUUGUGAACUGGAUCAACAAAGCUCUCGAGAAAGACUCCGACUGUAAACAUGUGGUUGCCAUGGAUCCAAAUAACGACGACCUGUUUGCGGCUGUGGGCGACGGAAUCAUCCUGUGUAAAAUGAUCAAUCUGUCCGUCCCUGACACCAUCGACGAGAGGACCAUCAACAAGAAGAAGCUCACGCCCUUCACCAUCCAGGAGAACCUGAACCUGGCUCUGAACUCCGCCUCUGCCAUUGGCUGCCAUGUGGUCAACAUCGGAGCUGAGGAUCUGAAGGAGGGCAGGCAGCACCUGGUCCUGGGUCUGCUGUGGCAGGUCAUCAAGAUCGGACUGUUCGCCGACAUCGAGCUCACCAAGAACGAAGCUCUGAUCGCUCUGCUGCGUGAUGGCGAGAGUCUGGAGGAUCUGAUGAAACUGUCUCCUGAGGAGCUGCUGCUGCGCUGGGCCAACUAUCACCUGGAAGAGGCGGGAAGUAACAAGAUCAACAACUUCAGCUCGGACAUCAAGGACUCCAGGGCGUACUAUCACCUGCUGAACCAGGUGUCUCCUAAAGGAGACGAGGAAGUCCCGCCCAUAGUCAUGGACCUGUCAGGACUGAGGGAGAAGGACGACCUGAAGAGGGCGGAGCUAAUGCUGGAGCAGGCGGAGCGUCUGGGCUGCAGACAGUUCGUGAUGCCUCCGGACGUCGUGAGAGGAAAUCCCAAACUCAACCUGGCCUUCGUCGCUAAUCUGUUCAACAAGUACCCGGCUCUAAAGAAACCCGAGAACCAGGACAUCGACUGGAGCUCCAUCGAAGGUGAAACCAGAGAAGAAAAAACCUUCAGGAACUGGAUGAACUCUCUGGGAGUAAAUCCUCGAGUCAAUCAUUUAUACACAGACAUCGAUGACGCUCUGGUGAUUUUCCAGUUGUACGAGAAGAUCAAGGUUCCUGUGGACUGGGAUCGAGUCAACAAGCCUCCAUAUUCUAAACUGGGCAGUAACAUGAAGAAGCUGGAGAACUGUAACUACGCCGUGGAGCUCGGGAAGAAGGAGGCCAAGUUCUCUCUGGUGGGCAUCGCGGGUCAGGACCUGAACGCCGGGAAUCGAACCCUCACCCUGGCUCUGCUGUGGCAGCUCAUGAGACGCUACACUCUGAACAUCCUGGAGGACCUGGGCGACGGACAGAAGGUGACGGACGACACCAUCGUGGCGUGGGUCAACGACACGCUGACGCAGGCCGGGAAAAAAACCAUCUCUGGCUUUAAGGACUCGUCCAUCAGCAGCAGUAUGCCGGUCCUGGACCUGAUCGACUCCAUCCAGUCUGGAUCGGUCAGAUACGACCUGCUGAAGACGGACGACCUCAGUGACGACGAGAAACUCAACAACGCAAAGUACGCCAUCUCCACAGCGAGGAAGAUAGGCGCCCGCGUGUACGCGCUGCCCGAGGACCUGGUAGAGGUCAAACCCAAGAUGGUGAUGACGGUGUUCGCCUGCCUGAUGGCACGCGGCAUGAAGAGGGUGUGAGAACGCCACGGGGGCGGGGCCACAGGGCUCGCUAAUCCCGCCGAGUCAAAGCUCAGGAGGUCGGAGCCACACAAUACUAAAGUUUAACUCGAUUGUUACAAUAAUCAGUCUUAAUCAAUAUCAUAACCAAACACCAAUGAUUCAUAUUUAUUGAUGAUUGAUUAUCAGUUUGAUUUCUGCCUCUUUUUUUAAAAA